AAGUCGAGCUGAGGCAGGUUUAUCGGGUUUUCCAGCAGUGGACAAAAAAAAAAAAGGUGAGCGGUUUGAUUUGUGCACUUUUACCCCUAUGCACAAGUCCGUGGAUCUGGAGUCACGUGAGCACAGGAGGUCGUGAAUCAUCCUGGGAUUCUCAAUUCCUUGAUGAAACCCACUGUCCUGCUCUGAAUCAGAUGAGAGUGGUGUUGGGUUUGAGAAGACUCAAGCUUGUGUUUUCCAUAGGCUCAGGCACACGUACACAUUCCCUCACAGCAGCCAGCAUGCGUUUGGUCCAGUUCUGCCCACGGGGCUCGGAGGGAAGCAUGAGGGUGGGUGUGGAGAGAGAGAACGGCGUUGUUGACCUCAAGGCGUUCGAUCGGUCCAUGCCGUCCACCAUGAGAGAGUUUUUGGAGCUGGGAGAGAAGGGCAUGGAGUGCGCUCAGAGAGCUAUAUCGAGUGCCGAGCGUGUCCUCCCUCUGUCCCAAAUCCAGCUCUUGUCUCCGGUCACCGGUCCGGACAAGGUGGUGUGUGUGGGUAUGAACUACAGAGACCACUGCCUGGAGCAGAACGCCCCUAUCCCCACCGAGCCCAUCAUCUUCAGCAAGUUCCCCUCGUCCAUCACAGGGCCCUACGACGACAUCCACCUGCCAGAUGAGAGCCAGGAAGUGGACUGGGAAGUAGAGCUUGCCUUUGUGAUCGGGAAAAAAGGGAAGCACAUAAAGGAGCAGGACGCUUUCGCUCACAUCGCCGGCUUCACCGUAGCCAACGACGUCAGCGCUCGUGACUGGCAGUUGAAGAAAAACGGCAAGCAGUGGCUUCUGGGGAAAACGUUUGACACGUUCUGUCCACUAGGGCCUGCGCUUGUUACUACGGACGCGCUGAAGGACGUCCACAAUCUGGGGGUCCGUUGCCUGGUUAACGGUGAUGUGGUUCAGGACAGCAACACCAAUCAGCUGAUCUUUAAGACGGAGAAGCUGGUGGCCUGGGUCUCGCAGUUCAUGACUCUGUACCCAGGAGACGUAUUUCUGACAGGUACGCCCCCAGGAGUGGGCGUGUUCCGAAAGCCACCUGUCUAUCUGAAGAAAGGAGACGUGGUGGAGUGUCAGAUCGAGGAGAUCGGGUCCAUCCGAAACACGGUUGUCUGAGCUCCACGGAUUGACAAGAAAUACACAUGUUCAGUGUCCAGACGUUUCUAAAAUCCUUGUGCACACGCUGUGGGGUUCCAGGAGAUGGCGUUCUGCUGGGAGACUUUACUGUAUCAGUGAUUGUAUUUUUAAUCCAUUUGAAAUUUUCCUACUGAUUCACUCCCUUCCAGUGUCUGUACCCAAUGCAACACGAGAACGCAUUUAUAUCCGAGAAACUUAUAUUGAGUAUAUCAAGUAUAUAUUAUAUACUCAUGUAAAUAAAACCUGAGCGCUGA